AUGUACGAAAGAGUGUUGCCUCUUUCAAAGGCGCGUAAGUUGGAGGGGCCGAAACGGGGAAAAAAACGGAUGAGAACACGGGCCCGAUCGUCCGGGCAGCCCGUGACCGGAGCCGAAGCGCCCGGGACGGCGACGAGUGGAUGCGGCGAGUGUGCUGGGAAGCUGAAGCGGGUGUCCUGCAACGGGUUUGUUGAGGAGCGAGCUCUGGCUUGUUUGGCUCUCGACCGAGCAAUGGGCGAUGUCGGUCUCCUGGAUGAUUAUGGGGAUUAUGCGGCGCGGGGCUCGCCCAUCGUCGAGUGUUCAGCCGAGUCUGUCCCAUUAAAAAAAAGCAAACCGUGCCUGAUGUCUCUAGCCAAGUGA